UGCACAAUCCGCAUCUGCAACAGACGAAGAAGAAUCGGAAAGCGUACGUUUAUAGAAAAGGAUAGCUCGAACCCUGUCAGGUCAGGAUAAGAUAUAAGUCGUUGUGGAGGAGUGUACAAAAGAGCUAUCUCACAGUAACCUUGAGGCAUAAGUAGUCCGGUCGAAGAAUAGCAGCAUUUCUGAGUGAUUAAAAUUACAAAUAAAACAAAUAACUCUGGCCCGAUUUGGACGUUAUGGCUGCCCAGUCGAGCGGCCGAAUACCAGCAGAGCACACAUCAGAUUAUCGAGUUGCUGUAUUUGGUGCCGGUGGCGUUGGCAAAUCAUCCAUUGUGCUACGCUUUAUUAAGGGAACAUUCAGUGAAAACUACAUUCCUACUAUUGAGGAUACUUUUCGACAGGCUGGUUUUUUUUAUAAUACAUUGUUGCUGUGGUCAGUGACUUAUGAAUAG